ACUUCAUUUAGUUCAUAAAUCAUUCUGUAAGCUUAGAUAUAUUCAAAUAAAAUAAAGAUCAUGGGUGAUAGCGCUUAUGUUUCAUCAUUGGAAUCUCAACUUCAAUCUGUUAAUAUAAGCAAAGAAGACAGAGAGAAAGUUAUUGAAAGCUUUCUUGCAGUUGAUGAGAACAAAAAUGGUUUCCUUGAUAUUGAUGAAGUAAAGGCUGCAUUUGAAGCUAUUGGGAAAGCCCCCGCGCAAUAUAAGAUUCGUGAUGCUAUUCGUAAAUUGGACACCAAUAAUGACAAUCGACUUAGUCCUGCUGAAUUUGCUCAAAUUUAUGGAGAAUUAUGCAGUGAUUCGGUUGCCGAAGGCUUUAAGGUUGCUGUAAAAGCUAAGAAGGAUAUUGUUACUAGAGGAGGACAUUCCACUGUUGAAGGAACACAACACAGUUAUGAUCCCAGAGAAAUGCAUGCUUUUGGGAAUUGGAUUAAUCAGAAUCUAAAAAAAGAUCCUGAUCUGAAAGAUAUUCUUCCAAUAGAUACCUCUGAUUUUGACAAAUUUUGCGCUGCAUUUUCUGAUGGUAUCAUUCUUUGUAAAAUGAUCAACUUGUCUCAGAAAGGCACGAUUGAUGAACGUGCAAUCAAUAAAGGGAAGAAACAAAAAGCGGUUCAAAUGCACAAAGAUCAGGAAAAUUUGAAUUUGGCUUUGAAUUCUGCUUCUGCAAUCGGUUGUAGCAUCGUCAAUAUUGGUGCAAGUGACAUCAAAGAUGGAAAAGCUCAUCUUAUCCUUGGUCUGCUGUGGCAAGUCAUCAGAAUUGGCCUUUUUGCUGCUUUUGAUCUUACAAGAAGCCCAGCACUGGCAGUUCUGUUGAAAGAAGGUGAAGAGCUGGAAGAUUUGAUGAAUUUGGCUCCUGAAUUGCUCUUGUUAAGAUGGAUGAAUUAUCAGUUGGAAAAAUCUUCCAAGUACAAGAAUUCACCAAAUGGUGGAAAAGAAAUCAAAAAUUUCAGCGGAGAUAUCAAAGACUCGUAUGCUUACCUCUGUCUGCUUGAACAAAUUCAACCUGGCCCAGAAGACGAAGAAUAUGCUGAUAAUGUGAUCGUUGCUAAUCUUAAUAACCAUCCUGGAUCUGACAAAGAAAGUAUGAUGAAACGUGCGAAAUACAUGUUGAACGAAGCAGAUAAGAUUGGAUGUAGGGCAUUCGUAACUGAGGGUGAUGUAGCAGAAGGAAUUUCGAGACUCAAUAUGGCUUUUGUCGCAAAUCUGUUCAAUACCUUCCCUGCUUUGGAAGAAACUGAGGAAAGAGAAUUAAUAGAGGAGACUAGAGAAGAGAAGACUUAUCGUAACUGGAUGAACAGUUUGGGUGUUUCACCCAGAGUUUACAGAUUGUACAACGAUUUGAAAGACGGAGUUGUGUUUGCUCAGCUGUUCGAAAAAGUCAAACCUGGCGUCGUUCCGUCUAAAUUCCGUUAUCCUCCAUUCCCAUCUCUUGGUGGAAAAAUGAAGAAAAUCGAGAAUUGUAACUGCAUCGUACAGGUUGGCAAAGACUUAAAAUACAGCUUGGUUGGAAUUGAUGGCAGUGACCUCAAUACAGGCGAAAGAACAGGAACGCUUUCUCUAACUUGGCAAAUUAUGAGAGGAUACACUUUAUCGAUUCUGGAAAGUUUAACUGAAAAAGGAGGUGUAGCUGGAGAUAAAGCAAUCAUUGAAUGGACCAAUCAAACAUUAGUAGAGAAAGGAAAAUCGUCUAGAAUUUCCUCUUUUAAGGAUUCAUCUAUAAGAACAUCGAUUGUUGUUCUCGAUCUCAUUGAUGCUAUUGCAGAAGGAUCUAUUGAUUACAGCAAUGUUUCACCUGGUGAUAAUGAGGAAGAGCAGCAGAGCAAUGCGAGAUACGCUAUUUCCAUGGGCCGAAAAAUUGGAGCUAAAAUUUACGCUUUGCCUGAUGAUUUGUGGGAAGUAAACCAGAAGAUGGUAAUGACAAUAUUUGCUUGCCUUAUGGUCCGAGCUUUGCAGCUGAAGAGUGAGGAGGGGGAUAAUUGAGGACUCGAAAUUUUAGACUUUCUUAUUGAAGUUUUGAAGAUGUGCAUUCCAACAAUUGUGUCAAUAAUUCUGUCCUUAUGCAAAUUUCAAGAAUGUAUCAUCAAGUCAUCAAACAUUACUUUAAUGUAGAGCAGCAGGUCCGGAAUUCAAAUUAUUUUCAGUAUGUUUGCUCACAUUUUUUUCAAUAAUGAUUAACAGUAACAUUUUCACAUAUUAUGACAAUUUUAUUAAAUACGUCAUUGCACAUUCAUUUGGUUUAUAUCUUUCACUUUCAUUUCAUGCACUUGGUAUUUUAGUAAAUCUGGCUCUUGCCUUCACACACACACUAUACUAUCAUAUUAAAAUUACACCAGAAUUUAGUCCUAUAACAGUAAUUAUCUGGCAUUUUUUGGCAUUAAAAUCUGUUGGUAAAACUUGGCACUUAUUCAAAUUGUACAUAAAGUAGUAUCAUUAUACCUUGGAUAUAUUUUAAUAUUAAACAAUGUUAUACCGUAUAUAAUGUACUCAGAGAAUUUUUCAAAGAUGAGGAUUUAACCCUGUUAUAACGUGUAUCUUAAUGAAGCAUUAUCUUUUUUUUUUGUAAAAAUCGUUUCUGGCCACCAGGUUUAUGUUGUAUCCAUGACUAAUCCAAGUCUCGAGUAUUACACAUCAUUUUCUGAUUGUCGCAUUCACUCAUUACAUUCCAAUCUCAGCACGGUAGGAUAGGCUUUUGUUACUGCUAAUGUUUUGCGUGACCAAAAAAAACAAUAUCAUACGGUUACUUUUUUCAAAUAUUUUUUUCAAAUAUUUUAUUCAAAUUUUUUAUUAGGAUUUUUUUAGUGCAAUGGUGAAAUUUGAAAUUAAAAUCACAUAUUAAACUUUUUUUGGCCACUGGAUUCUUUUAGAGCAAUGAUAAAUUUGAAAUUAAAAGCACGCAUUGAAAUUAUUUUGGCCACUCUUAUUUCUAUGUAGCGUACUAUGCUGUAACUAUCUGUCCAAAUAGCAAUUAAAACGUAUAUUGUGAAUUUAUGAAUAAUGGUUUGUGUGAUUCAGUAUUAGACAAUUAUGCUACUACACCGAAUUAUGCCUUUAUUACCGAUUCACAAUCCACAAUAUCAGCAAUAAGAAUGAUGCAUUUUUCAUAUUAUUCUGUUGCAUCAUUCCAAGUCGCUUGUAAGUUUGUUUUCACUAAAAAUGCAAUUUCGGUUGAGUUCAAUUAUUUUUGGUAAAUAAUUUUCGUUAAAUGUUUUGAUUCACGAAGUCUAAUUUUGUCACUUUCAAAUGAGUUUCUUGUUUAAAUCGGCAAAAAUUUUGUUAAAGUGCAUUUCCUAUGCAGUAAAGCUCGCUAUUUAGUUUUUCACCAAAUCUAAUGCUCGUUAAACCACAUUUUCAAAUUUUAAUACAAGGAGUGUGUGUGAUAUUGAUAUCAGCUAUUAUAUACUAUAACACUAAUCAUCCAGUUAUAAA